AUGGAGUAUACUAUUAGUCAGAAUGAAAUUGUAGCCAAGGCAUUCAAAAAUGCCCCACAAAAUAAUCAAAUGUUGUCUCCAAAAAUUCAGAAAAGUAUUACUGAAUGCUUUGCAGAAGAAAUCUUGUCAUGUAUUUUGCAAGAAAUUGACAGUGAUGUGUUCAGCUUAUUGGUUGAUGAGUGUCGUGAUAUUUCUGACAAAGAGCAGAUGGCAUUGGUUCUACGAUACGUGAGUGGUGGACUGUCAUAUGAGAGGUUUGUAGGUGUUGUUCACGUUGAGGAGACUACAACUACUUUUCUCAAGUCCAAAAUUGAUUUUAUGAUUGCAAAGUUUGGUUUGAGUUUAAAACAAGUGAGAGGACAAGGGUAUGACGGUGCAAGCAACAUGGCAGGUGAGUUCAGUGGUUUGCAAGCAAAAAUUAUGAGAGAUAACAGUUCAGCUUAUUUUGUACAUUGUUUUGCGCACAAACUUAACUUGGUUGUUGUGGCUAUUGCAAAGAAAAUUACUGAUGUUGGAGAUUUCUUUGAUAUGAUAUCACUUAUGGCGACUGUUGUUGGAUCAUCUUGCAAGAGAAAGGAUAAACUUAGAGUGGAUCAUCAAGAAGAAGUGAGGAAAUCAAUUGGUAAGGGUGAGAUUGCUACAGGAACUGGACUAAAUCAAGAGCUUUCUCUUCAAAGGCUAGGAGAUACUAGAUGGAACUCUCACUAUAGAACUUUGGUAGGUUUGUCAAAGAUGUUUCCAUCGGUGGUUAAAGUGCUAGAAUAUGUUGAGGAAGAUGGUACUAAUCCUAUUAAGAAACGUCAAGCCAGUGGGAUUCUGAAAUAUUUUCAAUCAUUUGAUUCUGUAUUCUAUCUACACAUGAUGAUGAUUAUAUUUGCUUUAACAAAUGGGCUAUCUAAAACAUUUCAGAGAAAGGAUAUGGACAUUGUUAAUGCCAUAUCAGAUGUGGAAUCUACUAAGAGAGAGCUACUAAAGCUUAGAUCUGAGCAUGGUUGGAAUGAUCUUCUAGACAAGGUACGUUCUUUUUGUGAGAAGAAUGGCAUUUUAGUGAUGGACAUGGAAAAUGAUUACGUGAAUCCAAAGAAGAUAAGGCAAAGGACCGCUUUGAGUCCAAGUGAUCAGUUUGGUCACUAUAAUGUUGAGAAGUUGAAGAAAUUGGCUCAGUUUUACCCAGAUGACUUCAAUGAUUUGGUGGGUCUUGAGCAUGAACUUGAUCUCUAUUUGGAUAACGUAACCCAUGAUACAAGGUUUGCCAGCUUGAAUAAUAUUGGUGAUCUGGCUGAACUAAUGGUGACUACAAAGAAGCAUCUUUCUUAUCCUUUAGUAUACCGACUUAUAAAGCUAGCACUUACUUUGCCUGUUGCCACUGCAACCAUUGAGAGGUGCUUCUCAGCUAUGAAGAUUGUGAAGAAUGCUCUACGUAGCAAAAUUAGUGAUGAUUUUAUGAACCAUAGCCUUAUCUGCUUUGUAGAAAAAGAAUUGUUGAACGAAAUUCCAAAUGAAGUGAUAGUUAAACGUUUUCAUGCGGUGAAAGAACGUCGUGGGAUGAAACGGAAGGUUGUAGAUUAA